AUGGAGUCCUGGACGAAUGAAGAAAACCUCGUGCUGUCGAGUAAUCAAUCGCUGUGGGUCCAGCUCAUGAACCAGAGCACGUCUGAAUGGUCAUUGGGACCGUUUCCAUCAAACGUCUACGCCAUCAACACCACGUACGACGCCACCUACGCCGCCCGGUUCCCGAAUGGGGCCCUGGUGAUUGAGAAGGCAGGUGUCGCAAAGAUUGGCGAUACCGCCGUCGAGGCCCUCAUCUUUGGCCUGGUUUCGGCUGCGGCGAUUCUCUGGGCAUUCUGGUGGUUAUGGAAGGAGUUCAAGGACGGCACGUGGAAGUCGCCGCCGCCUAGGGACAUCGGGAGGUCACAACGGCCCGUUAGACUCGAUGAAGGCAUAGCCCUGAGCACGACACGUAAUGACACAAGAGACAACAAUGGCUCGCGACUUCAAUUCCCGACUGCGGAAGAGUUUAAAACGGCACUACUGUCCAAAUACUACGAGAGCGGCAUAUCGGAGCUCGAGGUCCUGGAUCAAGUCACCGGCGCCGACGGCAAUGAUCUGGGCCGGGCCUCCGUCACAUCCGAGGAGAUUGAAACCGUGCAGGAAUUGUUGCGCAAACUGUACGGAUUUGAAUCUGAAAUCAUCGGACAGAGUCAUGCGCAACACCCUGACAACUUGCACGACUUGCGAAAGCGGAGCGACGCUGCGCUGGUGGCAAUACAGAGGAUCGUCGAUGGGUGGAAAGCCGGCGCGAAUGAAUGGGACCAGAAUGAGUUGGGUCAUUUGAGGGACAUUGUAAGGGCACUGAACGAAGUAACGCGUCGUGGCGGGUAA